AUGUCUAUGCCUGAGCCGGAGAUACCACAUUUCGCACCUGCUGAACCCAUAGAUCAACCCGACGCUGGUCCUAGCAGAAUAAACGAAGAUUACCCAGACCCAGACAAUCAUAUCUAUGGCGAUAACGAGCAAAAUGAAAAUGGUACCAGCGAUCCGGAAAAACUUGCCGACAAACCAAACGAAAAUUAUAUCUCGGAGUCAGAACUUGAAGAUGAUCAACGUGAAGCUAUGGUUAAGCGGAGAGAGUUUCUGAAGAGGCAUAUAGAGAUACAGACGAAAAAGCGGGACGAAUUGGACAAGAUGCACUAUAGUCUCGUAAAAGCUAAGAAAGGUGGUGAACAGGCUAAGGGACAGCUGGACGAGGUCCAAAAGAAGUUGAAUGAUCUGGAAGCCAAAGCUGAUAAGAAAGUAUAUCUCGUGGCUGCUCCCCUCUCGGAAGGGCCGAUCGUUGUUUCUGUCGCAGGCAAAAAACCCGACGAGGCACAGAUUGUAGUCUCAGAUGCCAUCAUUAACCUUUUACUCCAGAGAGUGGACGCUAAUCCCAUUGUCUUCCACUUCUCGAUCACCAACAAUGCUAAACAUGCAAAAAAGCCAGCGAUUUUAUCCCUGAAGACGGCUGUCAUGGCUGAAUUGAGAAUCAACUUUGCCCCUGUGGAUGAUACAAAAUCUGGUGUCAACGUUACAGUAAUUGUAUAA